AUGCGGGAUGAGCGCGCAGGUCCAGACAGCUGCAGUACGACCGAUGAGACGGCUUCGGAUAGUAGUACCUGGCGUCAGCAACGAUCUAGCUCCAUUAUUGGCGGCCUCUGUAAUCUCGGAAGUGACCAGAUGAACGGUGCUGGCAAGCGAACGGGUAUAUCAUUUCUGAAGUACUAAGUGCCUGCCGAACCCCAAGCACCGUGACAUUGUGAUUUUGGUGUACAGAUAAGAUAAAUUGAUGCAUGGAAAAAGUAACAAAAAAUGAUCAACGGGCGAUUAUAUCCUCUACUACAAUCGAACACCAGCUUAUUUUUCGUGCACCGUGGGUCAAAAACCGUCCAAAGCGAAGUACUUUUUGCAUGACGUGGAUGAGGUGAGCGAUCUGAUAGAUCAGUUG